AAUGAAUUCCAUCCCUAAGUUAGGGGAUAUGUAAAGUAAUGUACAAACUAUGAGUUCUAGUCAAAAGUAAACCUAAGAUUUCUAGUAAUACAGGCUUGCCACCACUUCUAUCUCCCAGAGUUAAAAUUGACCCAACUAAAACAGCUCAAAUUCCCCCGGCUUUUAGAUCAAUCUCAACAGUGAAAAAGAAAUCUAUAGAGAAGAAGGAAGAUACUCGACCUGUUACAGAUAAUACAUAAAAUGAGAAAGGUUAUCCAUCAGCUAAAAAAUAAAGAGCAUAGGGUCUCAUUAUUCGUAAACUCUAGAAUAGACAAUCAAAAUUAUAAACUUCAAAUUAGGAACCAUUAGAAUAGAUUAUAAAUAAAUUUUAAAGUCCUGCAGUUAGAAUGCUUGAGUUCCCAAUAAAUGGUAUUGAUUCUUUUUGACAUAGACUUUAAUGAUGAUACAUUAAUAAAGGAAGAAGUACUCUAAUAAAAUGAAUAAGUGACAGAGAAUAGAUUCACAACAAUGAAGAAUCAAUCUUUAUCAAGCUCUUAAAAGUUUGUUUUAGAAUCUUCAAAUUCCAAUAAAUAAGGCUAAGAUUCAUCUUCAAAUUCAUAGUUUGAUUUCAACACUAAAAUUCCUACUUUUACUGAAGGGGAAAUGAUUGGUGCUGGUUCAUUUGGAUAAGUUUAUAUAGCAUAAGAAAAUCAAACUGGAAAGAUUUAUGCUGUGAAAAAGAUAAAUCUUAGAGGAGACUUUGAUUAGGAAGAUUUAAAAGGAUUGAAAAGUGAAAUUGAUUUACUGAAAAGUAUUAAACAUUAAAACAUAAUCCGUUAUGUAUGGAAUUGUGAAAAUGAAGAUUAUUGGUUAUUAUAUUUAGAAUAUUUAUCAUAAGGUAUUUUAAAUAUCAUUAUAAUAGGAACCUUAACUUAAUUAAUCGAAAAGUUUGGGCCCCUUUCUAUUAAUACAAUUCGUUCAUAUUCAAAAUAAAUAUUAUAAGCAAUAGCUUAUUUACAUGAAAAUAAUAUAAUACAUAGAGAUAUAAAAGGAGCUAAUUUAUUAUUAGGAGUUGAUGGUGAAAUUAAAUUAGGAGAUUUUGGAUGUAGUAAAAUUAAAGAAAAAACUAUUUAACGUUCUAAAUAGAGUGGAGACAUCUUACAUUCUCUUAAAGGAAGUAUUCCAUAUAUGGCUCCUGAAGUAAUUAUGUCUUAUAUAUUUAUAGGUUGCUAGUUAAGAUGAGAAUUGCAGAGCUAGUGAUAUAUGGUCAUUUGGAUGUACUGUUUUGGAAAUGGCCACAGGAAAAAAACCAUGGCAUGAACACAAUUUUGAUAAUCCUUUGAGUGCUCUUUUAUAUAUUAUCACCGAUAAUGCACUUCCUCUAAUACCUGAUGAUUUGGAUCAAGAUCUAUAAUCUUUUAUAAGAAUUUGCUUAUAAAGAGAUCAUAAAUAGAGACCAACUGCUAUGCAUUUGUUAUAACACUAAUUCAUAAUUAAUUAAUGA